AUGGAUAAGUGCUCUGCGAGUCCAAUUCCAAUUCAGAAAGGUGAUAAGUUGAGCCUUAAGCAAUGCCCACAGAUUGAAUUGGAAUAUUCAGAAUUCGCUGGUCGUUUAGACACCAGGAAAUCCACUUUUGGCUACGUAUUUAUGUUAGCUAGAGGAGCAGUUUCAUGGAAAAGUGCAAAGCAAUCUGUCAUUGCUGUUUCCACUAUGGAGGCUGACUUUGUGGCAUGCUUUGAGGCCACAGUUCAGGGAUUAUGGCUGCAGAAUUUUAUUUCAGGAUUUGGGAUUGUCGAUAGUAUUGCCGAGCCGCUGAAAAUUUAUUGUGAUAAUGCCGCAACAGUCUUCUUUUCUAAAAACGACAAAUAUUCAAAAGGUGCUAAACAUAUGGAAUUAAAAUACUUUGCCGUUAAAGAAGAAGUUCAGAAACAAAGAGUGACUAUUGAGCAUAUUAGCACCAAUUUUAUGAUAGCGGAUCCGCUGACUAAGGGGCUAUCACCUAAGACCUUUAGUGAGCACAUUGAAAGGAUAGGUUUGUGUUUGGAGAAUAGGAGUAUGGAAGCUGUGGAGUUGUUCAAGAAAACGGCUGUGUUUGGGGUUAGGCCUAACGUGACUACAUGUGGGACUUUGAUUAACGGGUUGUGUAGAAUAGGUGAUACCAGUAUUGCGCUUAGGAUACACGAAGAGAUGGUGGAUCAAGGUUUGCAGCCUAAUGUGGUGAUGUAUAAUACAGUGAUAAGUGGGUUUUGCAAAGAGGGGAAGAUGGAAGAAGCUAAUGGGUAUUUGGAAUUAAUGAUUCAGAGGGGUUUGCAGCCUAAUGUGGUGACAUCUAAUGAUGCAAAGGAGCUGCUAAUCUCUAUGGAGAGUAAGGGUUGUAAGCCUGAUGGUUUUGUUGUUUUUGGGAGGAUUUCGAGGCGGGGUUUAAGACCAAAUGUUGUGACUUUCACUUUUUUUAUUAAAGGUUUUUGUUUAGAGAAUAGGAGUUUGGAGGUUAUGGAGUUGUUCAAGAAAAUGGCUGUGUUUGUGGUCAGGCCUGACGCGCUUAUGUAUUGGACAUUAAUUAAGCGGUUGUGUCAGACAGGGAACACUAGCGUUGUGCUUAGAUUGCAUGAAGAAAUGGUUGCUGGUAAUGGUGAAGGGGGUGUUAUCUGCAAGCCUGAUAUUGUUUCUUAUGGUAGUAUUAUAGAUGGCUUUUGCUAA